AUGGAAAGUGCCUUUUUGGAACUUUACCAGCAGUUCAAAAUGUUGCAAGCUGUAUGUUCACAACAAGCACAACUUCUCCAAAGAUUGAUUUCAAAGGAUGCCAAUAUCGCUGAGAUGCCCGUGACAAGACCAAUUCAAUGUACUGAUGCCGGAGACCAAAUAUCCUCACAAAGUCCUUUAUUUGGGCAGACAGGAACAGAAGCACUUUCAGUGGAAACCACAAAGUCCAUGACCGAGGAUCUAUAUCAGCCAUUGAAAACAAAAGACAAAUCCGCAUUCUCAUUUGAUUGUGAUAUACGGCUUCCUCCUAACAAAGACCAGUACAACGUCCUAGCCAGUAAGGAUGACAAAUCAGGACUUGCCAAAUCUAUGUCACAUACAGAUGUCAGCCUGGAUGAAACAGAGAUAAAUUGCAACUUUGCAUUGUUCAUCAAAACAUAUGCACCAACAUUCCCCAAAGUGCCUGGUGUUGGAGACCAAACUAUCCCUGCAAUGUCUGACAUGAACUUUUUAACAAUGGAUCCAGAUACCACCCUUAAUUUAUCUAAUGUAGAUGAAGAACUGUGUUUUUUGCACUCAAGAGACAUGUCACGAGUAGCUCUUCUGGAACCAAAGAUCAACAAUUUUAGUGUAGUAAGAGGCCCAGCUCAG